AUGGGUGCAGAUACCCCAGAAGAAGCCAUUGAACUUCGUCGUCAGCUCACUUCUAUGUUGCAUUCCGCUGGUUUUCCAUUGAGGGAAUGGGCAUCCAACAGUUCGGCAGUUCUGGCCGAAAUCCCUUCAGAUGAACUGGCAAUCCAGCCUUUCUAUGAAUUUUCCGAUGAGCAGUCGGUGACCACUCUCGGACUGAUCUGGGAACCGAAGCCCGAUAUUCUUCGAUUCCGUAUCCAGCUACCAGUUCCUGCUACCGUGCUCACGAGAAGAAACGUUCUGUCGUACAUCGCGCAGAUCUACGACCCACUGGGCAUUGACGACCAACGACGGGAAGCCUUACGCGUGGGAUGA